ACUCAGGCCUGUGAGACUCGGGUGAGGACCGUCAGCCAGGAGCUGCUGUCCUCUCUGCAGGACGUGGACCUCAGGUUGAACACCCUGAGGGACAGAAUGGAGCAGGUGGAACAGGUGCAACUCGCCACUCUGCAGGAUGUGCGUGUCCUUUGGGACGAGGUAGAGGAGGAGGUGAAGCUGAAGAAGAUCCAGAUCGUUGAGCUGAACCACAACCUGACGGAAUCUGAGACUCAGCGAACCAACAAGAUCCGAGCUGUGCUCAGGAAGUACUUCCAGCUGCUGGAGAAGAUCAGCUUCCUGUCUCCUCUGGAUGUCUGCAGACUGUUCCACACUCAGGCCAUG